UGUGUGAACAAGUAGGGGGAGGGAGAGAAUCCUCAAGCAGACUCGCCAUAGAUCAUGGAGCUGAUAGCUCAAUCUUAUAACCCAUGAUAACAAGGCCUGAGGAGAAACCAAUAGUUGGGCACCUAGCUGACUGAGCCACCCAGGUGCCCCUCUUUCUCUCUCUCUCUCAGAAAGAAAGAAAGAGAGAAAGAGAAAGAGAGAGAGAGAGAGAAAGAAAGAAAAAGAAAGAAAAGGAAGAAAGAAAGAAAAGAGAAAGAAAGAAAGGAAAGAAAGAAAGAGAAAGAAAGAAAGAAAACACAUUUAGAAGAAGAUCCUGUAUUUCCAGAUGAUGGAUAUUAUCAGAAUAUAUUGAGUCACAAUUUUUUUAUAUUAUUGUGUCAUAAUAUUUUUUAGAGUAUGUGGCAGAAAGAUAUUAUUUUGACACUAAGUGUUCCCUAGCAGAAAUCAAAACUGUUUUGUUCCCUUUGUGCCCAAAGUGAAAAAAAUUUUUCUCCAAAGAUCAUCCUAAUCAAAAUUCUUAAUUAUUCUUCUAAAUCUUCACAAUGAAUUGCAUUGCUACUUGUAUGUUAUUGGUAAGAGUGCUAAAAAAAAAAGUUCUUUAUCCCAUCCUACCAGUACUUCUUCUGGAAUAAUUCAAAUUUUCAAUUUGAAGAAGUGUUUCUUUUUUUGUGACAAGGCAGUUUGUUAUAUUUAUUAUCUCAAACGAACUAAUAGGUUUGAAAUACCUGUGUUGGAUAAUAUAGAAGUUUAAAGAUCAGAGAUAAAGCAGAACUAGAACUACCUGGAAAUACUUAACUAUACAUUGAGAAAAUCAUUGAUAUGUUGAGCUUAGUGACUGAAGUGAUUGCUCAAAACUAAGAGUUUUAGAAGCCAGAUUAUCCUUUUAUUAUUUUUCAGUUUUGAUUUUUAGUUCUGUUUAGAUGAAAAGGGAAAUGAAAUAACUACAUCUACACCAAAUCUUGUGUUUUAACUUGUGAAUCUAUUAGCAACAGAUAUACAGUUUAAAUUACCAAUAACAUUUAUAUUCAUGAAAAAUGUAAUUAUUUUUUGAUAUUGAGUAUAUCAUUCACUAAGAGUAUAUCAUUCACUAAGUGGGACUAUUUAAUGUUUUGGUCAGUAUUUGUUAUAAAAGUUAUGAAACAUAGGCCAGAGAGUCUCAAGAGAAUGAAAAGAAAUGUUUUUGUCUAUGGAGCUAGGCAGAGGACAAUUAUAGUUUUCCAGGUAGAGCAAACUCACUUAAAAAAAUAUGCAUGUGGAGAUCUUUGGGGAGGAAAUAAUGGCUUGGGUUGAGGAAAAAAGGAAGAGGCCUGGGGAAAAAUUUUAUUCAUCUUGAUACUAAAGGAAUCAGCAGAAUAUUCCAUAAUCCUUGUUCUCUAAAAAUAAAAGCAACAACAACAAUCUUUAAGAGAUUAUAAAUAUCUUUCACCUUUACAAAAACUGUGAGACAGGUUUAUUCACUUUUUUCAGAAAAGAAAUAUAGAACAAUAAGGAAAUUGUUAACUAUAAAAUGUAGCAUUAGACAUAUUUAUAUGACAUGUCUGUGAAAUGUUCCUUUAGUUAAGAGUUAGAGAAAGUGUGCUUUUACCCUACAUGACCUAGAUUAUGUCAGUCUCACGUCUCAUUUUUGCUGAAAAAAUAAUAGAAAUUUUAAAUAUUGAUAAUACAUAAUGUUAAUAAUUUUGGUCACUUCUAAUGAUAUCUUAAUAAAAAAUUUAGGAAAAAUAGACUUACGUGACAUUCAUUUUAUUGCUUUGAAUACUGAAGGAUGAUAUAUUUAAAACCAAAAAUAUCAGUGUUAUGUUAAAUGUACACAGACUACUCAAAGACUGUCAUAUUGGAUUAAAGAAUGUGCUGAUAAUAAAAGAUCUGUGGAAAAUAGCAAAGGAUGAAAAAAUAUCGAUCAUGAAUAAACUAAGCUAAAGUGGAAAGUAGCCUGAUAUGAAAUAUUACCAUGAGAUAUAGCAGACUUUCAGAAAAAAAAAACUAUUACUUCCACCAGAAGAUAAAAAAACUGUGUGUGCAUCUAAUAAAACAGCUUUAUAGUAUAUGAAUUAAGAGAUAAACACACAAUACUGGAAAAUUUGAACUUACCUCCUCACUAGUGGAAUGAAAAAAAAAAUAGGGAAAUAGAUGAUUGGAAUUAAAAUUAUUAACAUCACACCCACUAGGAUGGGUAUUAUUUCAGAAACAAAAAACAAAUGGAAAAUAUUUAUCUUAAAAUUAAUAUGGAAUUUCAAAGGAAUCCCUAAAUCCAAAACAAUCUUGAGAGAGUGGAACAAACUGGAGGUUUCACAUUUGCUGACUUCAAAACAUGUUACAGAACUGCAGAAUCAAAACAGUAUGUCAUUGAUGUAAAGACAUACAUAUAAAUCAGUGGAAUAAAAUAGGGAGCCCCCCCCAAAAUCCUCAUAUAAGUGGCCAAAUGAUUGUCAGCAAAGAUGCUAAAACCACUCAAUGGGAAAAGGGCAGUUUUUUCAACCAAUGGUGUUGAUUUGGGGAAAACUCAAUAUCCAUAUGCAAAACAAUGAAGUUGGACUCUUACCCACCAUAUACAAAAACUAAGUAAAUAUUGAUCAAAGCCUUAAAUUGUAAGAGCUAACACUAUAACAGUCUUAGAAGAAAGAUAGGGGAAAGCUGCAUGGCAUUGGAUUUGGCGGUGAGUUUUUGGACAUGGCAACAAAAGCACAGGCAACAAAAGAAAAAAAAAUAGAAAGACAGGCAAUCCAGGGUUUCUUCUAAGGCCAGAAGAAGAAAGGACCCACCCACUCUAAAGAAAUAGAAAAUUGGAGAAACUGGGAAAAAGCUUUAGCUUAUUUCUUUCCAGGGCUGAAUGAUACUCCAGUGUAUGAGGUAUGAAUAAUGUGAACAGUGCCCCAGUGAGCAUGGGAAUGCAGAUAUUUCUUUGAGAUUAAAUGCGUUUAUGGAAAAAGAACAACUGGAUGGUAAGACAGUAGUAGAAUAUUGUCACACUGCAAUGAAUUCCUCAGCGGAAAACAGUAUGUAUGUAAACAAAGUGUGGGUUCAGUGUGAGAAUGAAAGCUGUUUGAAAUGGAGAUCGUUGUCAAGUGAGGAUGCAGCCAAGGUUGAUCACAAUAAACCAUGGUACUGCUUCAUGAACACUGAUUCAAGAUACAAUAAGUGCUCUAUUUCUGAGGAAGACUUUCCUGAAGAGGCUCAGCUUCAUGAAAGUGGAUUUAAGAUUGUCUAUUCACAGCUCCCUCUUGGAAGCCUGGUUUUGGUAAAAUUACAGAAUUGGCCAAGUUGGCCGGGGAUACUUCGCCCAGAUCCUUUUAAAGGGAAAUAUGUGAUCUACGACCUGGAUGGAAAUGUUGAACAAUAUCACGUAGAAUUCCUGGGUGAUCCCCAUUCAAGAUCAUGGAUAAAUGCAACAUUUGUUGGACAUUAUAGUAUCACAUUAAAGCCAGAAAAAUGUAAGAAAAAAAAGAAAUGGUAUAAAAGUGCACUACAAGAAGCCUACCUCCUCUAUGGAUAUUCUCAUGAGCAAAGACUGGAAAUGUGCCGCCUAUCCAAACAGGAUAAAUCCAAGGCAGAUGGCAAAGUUGCUGUGGUAGCCAAGAAAAGGAUGCAAGUUUCCAAAAACACUACUGAAAAGAAGAAGCCCAAAUUUAGAAGAAGGAAAAGGAAAGCUAUUUUUAAAUGCUCUUUUGAAAAUGUUUGUUCAGAUGAUGCCUUAUCAAAGGAAAACAUGGUUGUCUGUGAGACAGAGGUUAUGCUGAAAGAGCUGGAGCAAAUGCUGCAACAGGCGCUGGAGCCCGCCACGGCCCCUGAUGAGUCCGAAGAGGAGCGGGAAGAGGAGUUAUCUAAAUGCAACCCUGGAGUUCCAGCAGGCAGUCCAUUUGAAAACCACUAUGAAGAGGACUAUCUUGUAAUUGAUGGGAUAAAAUUAAAAGCUGGAGAAUGUAUUGAAAAUAUAACAAACAAAUUUAAAGAAAUAGAUGCUCUAAUGUCUGAAUUUUAGGGUAUUAUAAAUGUUUUCAAAAGUUAAUUAUAAGAACACUUACAUGUUUAUAUUUUCCCGAAGUCAAAAACUUGAAAAUAGGGAAAUAGGUAUAUGUUAUACCAAAGCUGAUAUUUAUAAUAACUUUCUAUUUUAUACUUUGAGAAUAGCCAUUGUUUUGAGAACCAAUCAAAUGGUACUUAAGUUAGUGUUAAAAAUUUAGGAUUUAAGAAGCCCUGAUAUUUGUAUUUGUAGCUUUUUUUCUUGUUUGCCUGAAUUUUAAAAUGGUUUAUAAACUUACUGCACAAACACAUGCUUUUUACAAUGAUUAUUUAGGCCCUUUAUUCAAAUGUGGCUAUUUAGAUGGCUGUCAAGGCUAUUAUAAUUCAUACAGAUAAUUCAAGUGUAGUAGAGACAUGAGAAUAUGUAUUGGUAGUGGAAUUAAGCUACUACAAAAGAAAAGGAAAUAAUAAAAAAGUAUUGUAUAAUAGAGUUGACGUUUUUCUCAGAGGUGUCAGUUGCCUUAUAUUGGGAAAUAACCAUUUCAACCAUGAUUCCCAAAACUGAUUAACGGAGUCUAGGGGGAGGUAGGGAGGCUGUGGAAGAUCAGAAUCCUGGAUGCUUCCCCAUUGAAUCAGUAUCUCUGAAGGUGAGGAUGGGAAUAUGUGGUGAAAAAAUAUAAAGAGAUAAAUUAAGCAUAUUCUCAAUAA